AUGGACAACGCCCGGCUUGGUCACGCCUUGGAUAGUAGGGAGGGUAAGGAAAACGAACCUAUUGCAACAAAAACCCGUCUGGGAUGGACAAUCUUUGGAACCUGUUUAGACGAUCACCCCAAAGCAUCAACGACACCCUUCAGCUUCCACAUUUGUUCACACACAAAUGGGGAAGACGAGCUGCACGUUGCAGUUAAAAAUUACUUCUCCCUUGAUAGUCUUGGAAUAACGGUACCCGGGAAGGAAUUAUUAUCGGUUGAAGAUGAGCGUGCUUCGAAGAUCCUACGUUCGAACACGUUCCUUGAAAAUGGUCGCUACACUACGAGUCUCUUGUGGAAAUAUGACGACGUACGUUUACCGAACAAUAAAGCCAUGGCACUUAGACGUCACCAUUGCCUUUUAAAAAGAAUGGAACGAGAACCGGAACUAGGAGAAAUACUGAAAAGGAAAAUAUCCGAUUAUUUGCGGAAGGGAUACAUCCUCUUCAACGCAAACAAACCCGGCAAAGUGCGAAUUGUUUGGGAUGCGGCUGCCGCUAUAGCUGGGACAUCACUCAACUCCGUACUCCUAAAAGGACCAGAUAAACUAGAACCGCUGCCAUUCGUGCUUUACAAGUUUCGCGAACGUCGGAUUGCCUUAUCAGGAGACAUUGAAGAAAUGUUCCAUCAGGUGAAGAUGAAUGAAGAAGACCAACAAAGUCAGCGAUUUCUGUUCCAGGAUGAUAAGGAAGCGGUUGAACCAGAUGAAUAUGUUAUGACGGUCAUGACAUUUGGCGCCACUUGCUCUCCGUGCAGUGCACAUUUCGUAAUCAAUGAAAAUGCAGAUCGUUUCGCGGAAGAUUUUCCGGCAGCAGCCGAGGCGGUUCGCAAAAAUCACUAUGUGGACGAUAUGCUAGUCAGCGUCAACUCUGAAGCGGAGGCAUUACAGCUAGCGAAAGAUGUCUUAUUUAUCCAUCAACAAGGAGGGUUCAAAAUGAGGAGUUGGAUCUCUAAUUCUUCGACAGUCAUGCAGGCAUUGAACGGCAGUGAUUCCUCUGACAGGAACUUGGACCUCAACAAGGAAGCCGUUGUAGAAAAAGUAUUGGGAAUGUGGUGGAAUAUCGAGUCGGAUCAGUUCCAGUUCAAACUUUCGAAACGACGUCAUGAAGACCUGUUAUCCGGCGUGAAGAUCCCUACAAAACGAGAGAUUCUCAGCAUGCUCAUGUCUAUUUACGACCCUCUCGGCUUGAUUGCGAAUUUCCUCAUGCCAUUGAAACUUUUGUUGCAGGAAGUUUGGCGAUCAGGAGUGACUUGGGAUGAACCGAUUCUUGCUCGCCUCUCAAGCUGGAAAUGUUCGAAUCCCUAG